AUGCAAAUAGACGUCGCACAUCGAAGAAUUAGUAACGAUCGGUUGGUUUUGUAUGAGCAUGAAGGAACAGUAUGGACUGCCUGUGCCCAUAUAAUCACAGCAUCAAUAGCUGGGGUGCUAUCUCUAGCCUGGGCAAUGGCCCAACUCGGCUAGCUUGCUGGCAUUUUCAUUAUCUUGUUCUGCACUUUUGCUGCUGGCUACGGUGCCACACUCUUAGCAGAUUGUUACAGAUUUCCUGACCCAGUUUCUGGCAAAAGAAACUACUCUUAUUCGGAGGCUGUCAAAGUCUAUCCAGGUGACACAAUGCACAAGAUUUGUGGAUGGAUGUUAUACAUAAACUUUGCUACCAUUGGAGUUGGCUUCACUAUAACCACCGCAAAGAGCCUGGUGGCUGUACAGAAGUCGAGUUGUCAUCGUAGAAAUGGUGAAGAUUCUCCAUGCAUGUUUUCCAACAUCCCACACAUGGUUGGAUUUGGGCUUGUCCAACUUCUCUUUUCACAACUCCAAAACUUUCACAAGUUGUCGGGGCUCUCUAAGCUUGCAGCCACUAUGUUUGCAACUAUUGGAAUUGGACUUUCUCUUGCUAAGAUCAUAUCAGGAAAAGGAGGAACAACCUCUCUUGCAGGGUUGGAGCAGUCGCCAUUGGAAAAAAUUUGGAUGACGUUUAUAGCAGCAGGAGACAUCGCAUUUGCUUGCUCGUAUGCUCUUGUCCUGUUUGAUAUCCAAGACACACUGAAGUCGUCACCACCAGAAAACAAAGUGAUGAAGAGGGCUGUCAUGAUAGGGGGUUUGACUAUGGCAUUACUGUUCAUGAUGUGUGCCACCUUGGGUUAUGCUGCGUUCGGUAACAAGACACCGGAAAAUUUGCUUGCUGGUUUUGGAGAUGAUAUGCCUUGGGAAUUCUAGCUUCUUGAUUACCAAAUUAGCUGAAAAUUUGCAGAGGUGAUAUAUACAUUAUUACCUAAGGAAUGGACGGUGGAGAUGUGAAAAUUUGAUCAGAAAGUUGGCAAAAAAUGAAAAUCCGUACCUUAGGUUAAGGUACGGACAUUCGCAUCUCAAAAGCCCCAUAUAUAUAUAUAUAUGUAUAUAUAUAUAUAUAGGGUUACUCAGAUGCGAACGUUCGCAUGGUGCGGAUUCGACAAUUUCGGCCACCGGCGACGCGCAACGACGGCGCUGACCA